AUACACCCAAACCCUGGACAGCUGCUCCGUGGGCCUCCAGCUCUAAGACCUGUCUUCCCUCCGAGCUGGGCCGAGACUUAGGGCAGCUUGAUCCCUGAGACUCCUGCAUUCCCAGCCCAGCAGGACCUCGUGAGUCAUGGGGGCAAGGAGUGGGCCCGACCGGGACGGGAGCAGGGGAUGGGGCUGCCCUCCACUUGCAAUCCUUGAUGCACCCAGAGCAGGGCCAGGCCUGUCCACCCCUCUCUCUGAAUCCCCUGGACCCUCCCCCUGCCCCCACCCCCCAGAAUCACAUCCUGGGGCAGCUGGUUGGGGUUUGUCUGGAAGGAUUAUCCAGAUCAGUCCCUUCUAAGCUCAGCUCUGGCCUGCGCCCUCCCCACGUCACCAGAACCCUCUUCCCCACUACCUGAGCUAAGAAACACAGUUUUGGGUAUUGACAAGGGGCCAUCUCUGACCCUUGUAUUCUGCUCUGGGGCUGGGUGCCAGGUAGGUCCUGACAGCCAGGAUCAUCACCAUUGGUGGGGCCAGGCCUGGGGUGGGGGGGGGGGCUGCUGGAGCUGUGGUGGCUGCUGUUCCUUUGCACCCUCCCAAACGUCAACCUUUAAUCCUCACAGCUUUGCUCUAAUCCCAUGGGGCCUAAUGCUCUUCUCUCUGCCUGCAGAGAGACCCAUCAGGGAAGCAUCUCCUCCCCAUUCCUCCCCCCAGAGCUGGUUGUGGGGGGCUGCUGCUCUAUAGCCCUCACUCCUGCUCCCCCCUCCUCCCAGGCUGGGCCCAAGUCUCUGGAAGCCACACACUUCCUCCUGUCCUCCUCCCACCCUGCCAGCUGACUUAAUUUGCCUGACGUCUUGUUGGCCCUUCCCUGUCGGUGCCCACACCCCCCUCCCCAGAGUGGGGCCAGGCCAGGCCAGCUCUUCUGGCAGCAGAGCCGGGGCAGGUGACGGGCUGGCGUUGCAGUUGAGGGAGCGACGAGGCGCCUGGGAACCGGAGCUGGAAACCUGGGAGAGGUCCAGUCAGAGCCCAAGAGCCAGCGCUACCUCUCGACCUGUCAGCCAUGGGGGAGAUGGAGCAGCUGCGGCAGGAAGCGGAACAGCUCAAGAAGCAGAUUGCAGAUGCCAGGAAGGCCUGUGCUGACACCACUCUGGCAGAGCUUGCGUCUGGCCUAGAAGUCGUGGGACGAGUCCAGAUGCGGACGAGACGGACGCUCAGGGGACACCUGGCCAAGAUUUACGCCAUGCACUGGGCCACGGACUCCAAGUUGCUAGUAAGUGCCUCGCAAGAUGGGAAGCUGAUCGUGUGGGACACCUACACCACCAAUAAGGUACACGCCAUCCCUCUGCGCUCCUCCUGGGUCAUGACCUGUGCCUACGCCCCCUCAGGGAACUUUGUGGCAUGUGGGGGGCUGGACAACAUGUGUUCCAUCUACAGCCUCAAAUCCCGUGAGGGCAAUGUCAAGGUCAGCCGGGAGCUCUCCGGUCACACAGGUUAUCUCUCCUGCUGCCGCUUUCUGGACGACAACAACAUUGUGACCAGCUCAGGGGACACCACGUGUACUCUGUGGGAUAUUGAGACCGGGCAGCAGAAGACUGUGUUUGUGGGACACACAGGGGACUGCAUGAGCCUGGCUGUGUCUCCCGACUUCAAACUCUUCAUUUCGGGGGCCUGCGAUGCCAGCGCCAAGCUCUGGGACGUGCGGGAGGGGACUUGCCGGCAGACGUUCACUGGCCAUGAGUCGGACAUCAACGCUAUCUGUUUCUUCCCCAGUGGAGAGGCCAUCUGCACAGGCUCAGACGACGCCUCCUGCCGCCUGUUUGACCUGCGGGCAGACCAGGAGCUGACGGUCUACUCCCACGAGAGCAUCAUCUGUGGCAUCACGUCCGUGGCCUUCUCCCUCAGUGGCCGCCUGCUCUUCGCAGGCUAUGACGACUUCAACUGCAAUGUCUGGGACUCCAUGAAGGGCGAGCGUGUGGGCGUCCUCUCCGGCCAUGACAACAGGGUCAGCUGCCUGGGGGUCACAGCUGAUGGGAUGGCAGUGGCCACUGGCUCCUGGGACAGCUUCCUCAAAAUCUGGAACUGAGAAGGCUGGAGGAGGGGAGGUAAAAGGCCAUGAAGACACUCAGCUGCCCCUUCCCCUGCCCAAUUUCUUUACUGUUCCUUAAAGGCUUUCUCUUCUACACCCCAGCUGCCACUCCCACAAGCUUUCUCCUUUGAGGCCCAUGGGGAACACAGGGCGUGCCUCUGGGAGACAGCAUCAGGGCUGGGCAGAGAACCGCCCAUCUCCUCCCAUGGCCUCCCCUCUCUGUGGUCCUGACAGUUUCUCCCUUAAUGAGUAAGGACAACGGACCCCUCCCCAGCCCUUGGCAGCCCAGCAGGUUUCAGUAUAGGCUCCAGGCCCUAGGAUUCCUCCUCCAGAGCUACCACCUUUGUCCAGGGUAAAGACCUGGGUGGCCAGGGUGCUCGGCCCCGUGACUAUGGCUCUGGCACCACCAAGGUCCUGGCUCCCUUCUCCUUCAUGCUUUCCCCCUUUUCUACCUUUCCCCCCCCUCUCCAAAGUACCUGCAAUAAAGUAUAGCACCUGGUA